AUGGCGACGUGGGUGCUUCCGGUUCCGGGUAAUGCGGGCAGGCCGGGGUUGUGGAAGAUGGCGUUGUCAGCAGGAGAGUCCGGGUGGAGUGGCCGAAAGCUGGUGUGCGCUUCCCUGCGCUCGCUCUUCGGCCUCUUUCUGCUGCUGGGCUUGGCGCCUCGUCCUGGCGCCGCCACCACGCACUGGGUGGUCACCGAGGACGGCAAGAUCCAGCAGCAGGUUGACUCACCAAUGAACCUGAAACAUCCUCAUGAUUUAGUAAUAUUAAUGAGACAAGAAACAACUGUUAACUACCUCAAGGAGCUGGAG